UGGCCACGAUACUGAGAACAUUGUGGAACUAUUAGUUCACCAAUCAGAAAUAGCCGAAAAACAACAUGGCUAUUAUCAAUAAAUCGCCUUAAUACGCCACAUUAUUACACACUAUCUCAUUUAUUCGCCAUUUAUCAUCUGGAAGUGAUAUCGUAACAUCACUCUGAAUAAUCUCGUUUUCCAGCAGUUUCUAAGAGGAGAGUCUGGAAGAGACUCAAUCAUCGACAGAUAUCAACGACGUUUAUCAACGUUCGUUGCAGUUUUGUCAUUCAUCACAAACGUUAAUUCGAGGAGAAUAUGUCAUUGAAUACGGCACACACCAACGGCGGAGUUCUUCUUCAUUCUGGCGAGUGCAUCAUACUCUUCUGUGACAAUGUCAAUAUGGAAUUUCAUGGACAAGAACAACCAGAAUUUAUUGGAAAAAAGCAUGGCAGAUUGUACUUGACAACACAUAGAAUGAUCUUUAAUGCUAAAGAUCACAAAGAAAAAAUGCAGUCAUUUAGUUUUCCAUUUAUUACACUGAGCGAAGUAGGACUGGAACAGCCAGUUUUUGGUGCUAAUUAUAUAGGAGGCAAAUGCCGUGCUCAGCCAAAUGGUAAUUGGAUUGGAGAAUGCAAAUUUAAAUUGAGAUUCAAGAGUGGUGGCGCAGUGGAAUUUGCUCAAGCUUUGCUGAGAGCUGCUGCAAUGGCUCAACGCAAUGGUCCAGUAAAUGAUGCACCACCACCAUAUACGCCUCCAUUGUCUGAUUGGUAUCCGGCACAACCUUCAGCUUAUCAACCUCCUCCAACUGGAUACUAUGGAUGGAUGCCUCCAACUAAUGUAUUCCCAGAUGUUCCACCAGGAAAUACAGUCUUUAUGACAGACAGUCCGCCACCGUAUCCCGGAAUACAGCCUGGAUACGGAUACGCGAGCGGCCCACAACAUCAAGGCGCCGGAGCCGCAGUAGGACAACCAGGAGCUCCUCCCGGAUGGGCCAAUCCAAAUUACAAUAGUCAGCCGAUGUCCCAUGCAGGUGCGUAUCCUGGUGGUUAUGGACAACCACCUUAUAGCGAUGCAAAGGCUGCUGAAGCUGCGCAGAGCGCAUAUUAUGAUCCUAAUAGACCUCAAUGCGCUUAUGUUCCACCACCAGAAUAUUACAAUAAAAAUGAUAAAGCGUCGAUAGCAACACUAGCCAUUCAAGAUGAGGCUACAUCCAUCUCGAUACUUGUUGCAGAAGAAUUGCAAGUCGGCAUAUUGGUUACUACUCAAUCGGGUCAAGCACAAUUAUUCAAGUAUCAGCCAAAUGGUCAUACUAAACCAGUGAAACCAUCUCUUAACAUUGCGGUAGCGGCAGAUAUCAAUCAGAAGGAAACUGUUCAACAGAUUCCAAUUUUAGCAGGUCACUUAACUGAAGAUGAAAAGUUAUUACUGGCGUAUGGUAGUUAUUUUAACUUAACAUUCGAGAAAGUAAUGCCCGACUUUUCCGACAAAGUGCAAUGUUUAAUUAGAUCGGAAAGAUUAGAUACAAAAAAAUCAAAAGAAAGGAAAGAAGAGGCAAUUUCUAAAGUAAAACCUACUGCGAUCGAAGAAGAUGUUGAAUAUCUCGCACCAGGAAUACAAGUUUCAACACAAAAAAGAAAUAGAACUACUUCAGGCUCUCAAUUACUUUUAAAAGAUAGAUUGGAAAAUCUUAGUUUAAAUGCAGAUGCCAACACACCAGGGAGGACACCAACGAAAGGAGCCAAUAUGACGCAGUUAUUGAUGCAAGCAUUAAAUAGCAAAGAUAAAACUAUUUUAACAACAGUGUUAUUUACAAAAAAUGAAGCUGUAAUUCGUAAUACCAUUGCAAGAUUACCAGUGCAAGCAAUUAUACCGUUGCUUAAAGAAUUAACUAUUAUGUUGCAAGGCAAAACAUAUGCGAACAAAAUUGCAGUAAUGUGGUUGCAAACUUUAAUAAUGACUCAUGCAGCGCAUUUAAUGUCGCGACCAGAUAUCGCAGAGAUACUCAGCCCUAUUCUUAGUUUUAUUGAUGCAAAGUUAGCACUUUUAACAGCUAUACAAAGAUUAAAAGGCAGAGUUUCUCUUAUAACAGGACAAAUAUCUCAAGCUAAUGAGGAACACAACAAGGAUAUAACUGAGGAAAGUUUGCUUGUUUAUCAAGAUCCAGAUUCAUCGGAUGAAGGUGCCGAUAAAGAUGAUGUUGAUUUAAGCAGCGAAUCCGAUGACAAUUGGGAAGAGAUGUCCGAUCAAGAUGUUCAAGAUGAACAUGACGAAGAAGAUAACAAAAGCGUUAAAUUUGAUGACGAUGAUGUGGACGAUAACGAAUCUAUACACAGCUGAAAUCUAUCAAAUUGUAAAAAUUUUAAUUACUAUGGAGAUAUUCUUGAUGAAAGCCAGAUGGUGCUGUAAAAAGUAAUAUCUUUUUUUUAUGAGACAUUUAUUUUCACUAUUAUGUGAGGAUUUGGAUGAAAAUACAGCAUUCUUUAAUAAAGAAAUCAUGAAAGCUG